AUGGAAUGGAGAGAGUGGAUCGGUGGCAGUGAUGGCAGCAAGGCUUUGUGGAAAGGCGAGGACGGUUUCAGCGUUGAGCGCUGGAGGUUCUGGAAACAGCGGUUUGCGUAUGCGGCGGAGCUCAAGCGAAGGGGUCUUGCUGGUCGCGUGGUUGAUCAAGUGGUGAUGUGUGCGAGGAAGGCGGGUGAGGCGAUGCAUGCAGUCGAACAAGAGGAUGCGUUUGCGCUUGAGUGGUUACGUGAAUUGUUCACUAGUGACGAGGUGUCGAGUCCUUGA